AUAAGAAGAAGGGCACGCUUGCAAUUGCGAAAGAGUUGGACUGGUUUCCCCAAAUUAGUUUUAUACCCACCACCUAUUAUUGCGACUUUUCUAUUUCCUCUUCUAUUACUUCACAAGCCGAGGCAAGGCAUAUGUCCAGCAUGCCUUCACUGUCCUACUUCCUCAGGACACCCCGACCAGACGAGCACCACGCUCCACCACCACCAAACGAUUCUCCCGCCUCCCAAACAUCUUCCCGACUCGGCGCCCUCCACUCCAAUGUUCGCUCCAUUAUCAAUGGUUCCUCCAUCUACUCCUCCUCCCCGGUUGUCCCGGACACCGCGAAUUCACCAAAGCCCUCCAAACACAGAAGCCCCUUCCUAGGCUUCCUCCGCCGCUCCCAGUAUCCUCCCACCCCAAUCAUCGUAACAGACAACAACGACCCUCGCAUAUCUCACGACUCGCGAUCUCCACUUCGACCCCAGCACACCGCUGGUUCGUACAUGCGGACCAUAGGGCCGUUCGAGAACUAUCAGGAUGUCCCGAACGUGCCCCCGCUCCCGGAAACCGCACUUCCUGAUCGCCAUCCCGCGGACGUUUCUCUGCCUGAUCUGCUACCCAGCCAUACCCGAGGCUCCAGCCUGGACCCCGAGACGCAGCAACUGCAGGAGGAAGUCCACGGGCGGCGACGCCGCCAUCGACGCCGCCAUCAUCACCACCAUCAGGGCCAUCGCCAUCACGGGGAGCGCAAGAAGAGGAAGCCAAAACACAAGUAUACGCACUGGGUGCGGCGCAAGCGGCAGGAACAGCGGAAUCUCUGUCUAGGCUUCGUAGGGACCGGGGCAGCGAGAAGCAAACUCAUGUCCUGUCUGAUAUCAGGGCUCUUCCUAUUAACGGUUUUGGCGGUUUAUCUCGCCCUCGCCCUCACGCGCCCCACCACCGCGCCUCUCGGCCAAGAACUCCACAUCCUCUUCAUCAUUCUCCUCCUCGCCAUCACCAUCUUCUUCGCCCACGCCCUCAUCCGCCUCUUCAUGCUCGCCCUGCACCCGCCAGACGAAUCCCUCACCCCUUGCAUCCCCAGCAUGACGGGGCCCGACGGCUUCCACCCUAUCCGCCCGAUCCGCGUGCACGUCGCACGGGACGAGGAGUUCGGCGCCGGCCACGGACUCAGGCUCGAUGGCAUGCGUGGUGACGGCGCAGAAGGAGAUGACGGGCAGGAGGAGGGGAAGGAGGGCGAGAAAUCCGGUCCGCCGCCGCCGCCGCCCGCGUAUGGUCUGUGGAGGAGUAGUGUACGGGUCGAUCCGAAUCUGCUGCAUUGGCAGCGCGUCGAGGAUGUCCCGCCUAGUCAUCGCCAUUCACGCCUAUCGCUUCAUCUAAACAACUCGAAUGCCCCUGCUGUUACUGCGACGGCCGCGCAGCAGAGUGAGGAAGAGCCGGGCCCCAGACCACCCAGCUAUGUCUCCGAUGAUGGCGUGUCGUACGUUGUCGAUGCGGCGCCGAGGUCGACGGUGGCGGUUGCGGUUCCGGUGCCUCCGCCUGCGCACCAGGAUCCAGGGUUCAAUGUUCGACACUCCAGCACGGGCAUCAGUGAUAUCCAUCCUGCGUGGAGGCCCGGGUAUGCAAUGUCCGAAGUGCGCUUGUCUGCGUUUCCUGCGCCAUUGAGGGUGUGAGGCGGACGAAAAGAGAGUCAGUCGUGUAUGAUGCCCUAAAGAGGUGGAUGGUUUGGCAUGUAAAUCAAAGACGAUGAGGAAAGGAUUAUGGUGUCUCCUCAUGCCGUUGUUCUGGAUGUAAUCGUAUUGUGUCUGAUGUGUUUUUGCUUCUGGCAUGUUUUUGGUCUCCGGCGUUUUGUUUGUCUUUGGCGGGGCGUUCCAAAGUGGUGGGAUGCAUAGCGUUGGGUGGUUUCUGUCUCCUGUCAUCCCAUCAUUCGCAUUCAUCUCGUUUCUAGCUGGGGGAACUAAUGCGCGACGUAUGCAUGCAGCGAAUUCUCGAUGUCAACUUGAUUGAAUCGUACGUCUGGCAAUGCAUGCUGGCAUGCUAAUGGCAACCCACAAGUUAUUCACACUGCACAAAUG